UGACCUGCCGCUGUCAUAUGACCUGCUGUUUUCCUUCACCGUGGUGUGUCCAAUUUAUUUGCAGAGCAGGAGCCCAGGUGAAGCAGGUGGACGCGUAGAGAAGAGAUGCAGCUGCUGCUGUUGUCAUGUUACUUCCUGUCCGCAUGGCUCGGCGUGGAAGCGGCCCCAGCGGCCGACGAGAUCACGUACCUGCCAGGUCUGCAGAAACAGCCGAGCUUCAAGCAGUACUCUGGAUACCUGAGUGUGGCUGACGGCAAACACCUGCACUACUGGUUCGUUGAGUCGCAGAACAAACCGUCCUCGGACCCGCUGGUGCUGUGGCUGAAUGGUGGCCCCGGCUGCAGCUCGCUGGACGGACUGCUGACCGAACAUGGACCCUUCCUGAUCCAGAGCGACGGUGCGACGCUGGAGUACAACCCGUAUGCCUGGAACAAGAUUACCAACAUGUUGUACCUGGAGUCCCCAGUAGGAGUCGGCUUCUCUUAUUCGGACGAUCAGAAAUACGCCACCAAUGACACAGAGGUGUCGAUGAACAACUACCUGGCCCUGAAGGAGUUCUUCCGCCUGUUUCCAGAGUACAGCAAGAAUGAGCUCUUCCUGACCGGAGAGAGCUACGGAGGAAUCUACAUCCCCACGCUCGCUGAGAGAGUGAUGGAGGACGCCAGCCUCAACCUGCAGGGCAUCGCCGUGGGGAAUGGAAUGUCGAGCUACGAGAUGAACGACAACUCUCUGGUGUACUUCGCCUACUACCACGGCCUGCUUGGCAGCCACCUGUGGGCGGUGCUUCAGACCUACUGCUGCAGCAACGGGAAAUGCAACUUCUAUGACAACCCGAACCAGAACUGCAUGGACAGCGUGGGGGAGGUUCAGACCAUCGUCUACAGUUCAGGUUUGAACAUAUACAACCUGUACGCUUCCUGCCCAGGUGGAGUCCCGCAGAGACUCAGUGUCGAGCGAGGCCAGCUGGUGAUCCGAGAUCUGGGAAACUCGUUCAUUCACCAUCAGUGGAACCGGCUGUGGAUGCAGAAAGUCAAAAGUCUGGCGGCGCUGCUCCCGUCUGUCCGCCUGGACCCUCCCUGCACCAACUCCACCCCUUCCAACCUGUACCUGAACAACCCGCUGGUCAGAAAAGCCCUCCACAUCAGCCCCAAAGCUCUGGACUGGGUCAUCUGCAGCUCUGAGGUGAACCGGAACUACGGUCGGCUCUACAUGGAUGUCAGGAAACAGUACCUGAAGCUGCUCGGCGCUCUAAAGUAUCGCAUCCUCGUGUAUAAUGGCGACGUGGACAUGGCGUGCAACUUCAUGGGCGACGAGUGGUUUGUGGAGUCUCUGCAGCAGCAGGUGCAAGUCCAGAGGCGUCCGUGGAUCUACGAAGAUGUGGACGGUCAGCAAGUCGGCGGCUUCGUCAAAGAGUUUGAUAACAUUGUCUUCCUCACCGUGAAG